CUGCUUUGUUAUUUUUUCCUUUUGCAUAUAAGUUGCCGUUCUUUCAAAAUAAGAAAGUUUCUUUUUUCACUUUUCUUUCUCUUUCUAUACCCCCUUUGCAUAUCAUGAUAUCCCAUAGUGUAGUUUUCCAAAAGCCAGAUGCUAUUGCUACUCCUAUUUAUGAAAAGCCCAAUGCCUAUGAUGAAGCACCUCCUAUUAUCAUUACAGCAAGACGCCAGGGCAGUAGAAGUAGUCGUAUGACCAUUGAUUCCUAUGCCAGUCGAUAUUUCCAGAAAAAGGAAAUUGUUACAGUGCGUCGUUCCAACACCACUGGCUCUUCUGCCACGACCAAUACAGCCACGACUUAUGCUACAACAGACAACGAAGUGUAUUAUUCUCCGAAUACGCCUAUUGAAUCACCUCCCCUUUCACCCAAAAGUACGUCUGGUCCUUACAAACUACAGAUAGACAAGCACAUUACUUCAUUUCUUCUGAGUCAGCCUAUGCCCACAACACAUACCUUUGCCAACCAUCAUCAUGAAGAAGUAAUUAAAGACGCAUCGCCAGCUAUAUCUUCUGUCAAUAGUAUCAUUGGCGUCUCAACAGACACGGUGACAAACCACAAAAAUGCUACGCAAGUUGUUACAGCAGCAGCAACAGCACUUUUGUCUAACCAGAGUGGCAUUCUUUCGAAAAACAAGAGCCGUGCCAUUCAUCACAAGAAAUCAACAACAACAACAACAACAACAAAUAAUGUCGUAGUGUACAAUUUUAAAAAGGCUAGUAUCCUAAAGCCAAAUCAACAUCACAUCUUUCUACAGAUGGAUCAAGGCGAAGAAGAACUGAUGGCUUAUCGCAAAAUACAACCCUAUUCUUAUACUUGGGGGUUUCAAAGUAUGUUGUACAGUAAUCGCAAUGAUGGUCAAGGCAUUAAAGUGGCUGAAGCGCGUCGCCGUGCUUUCCAGAAAGAAGUAACUAUCGAGACUGCUGACUAUAACAACAGUAUGAUUCCAGAUAUCACGCAGCCUCAUAUACCGAACUUAAAGCAUGUACCUGCUUCGGAUAACAUUCAUUCUCAAGAACUCAUCAAAAGGUCACAGUCCAAUCUUCUUUUUGAAUAUGAAUCUUGGUUUCGUGGUUCUCGUAUGCGUUGGAAGCGUCCAAGCUUAUUAUCGCAUGACUUUACCUGUGAAAUAAAGUUGACAAAACCAGAAAAAAAGAAAGAAUUGCAAGAGCUACUUAAUCAGCAAAAACGAUUAGCAACCAAAAAAUCAAAGCAAAAGCGAAAAGGCCUUCCUCUAAUUGAUACCGCCAAAAGUGACGGAUUUAUCGAUAGCGAUAGUGACAAUGACGAAGAUGAUCAUGAUAACCAUACCCACAAGACAUGUAGACGUUGGAAACUGAUUGCUGAAUUUCACAGUGGCAAUAUAAACUACCUUAGCAAAGAACUUGGAAAGCUCUCUAUUGACCUGGACAUUCUGAACCAAGUAGAAAAAGAGAGAUGCGAUUUGCUUGAAGCCAACUUGGUUAUGACAUGUUGUACCUUGAUUGACUUAAUACGAGACGUAAUGGGAAAAUAAAGUUUUUGUUUGUUUUGUAGUAUUAAAGUUUACUCUUUUUCCUUGCUUCUAUGAAACGCAAAGUCU